GUUCACUGACUGGGCAUACAGACCGCUGACGGAUCUUCACCAUGCAAACAAGAAUAUUGCUGCUGACUCUCACCCUGACACUGGGGAUCAACACAAUGAUAACAGGAGAACUGCUUCACGCUCAGUGCAAAGUCAUAUGGCUCUUUGGGAUCCCAUGCCAGGACGUUUAUUUGAGUUUGGUGAACCAGAUCAAGGCCUGGAGGGGCAUGGCCGGCUGUAUGACUGUUGGACAGAGAUGCCUGUAUAAGCUGGUGUCUGCCACACCUUUCGACAUUGUAGCCAACCACACGUCCAGACAGUGGACCAGCAAGGAGGAUCUGACCUUUCACCUGGUGGCAACCGAAGAAUCUGUUUGUAGAGUGACGGGAUUUUCUAUCUCUAAAGCAUGGGCCAAGGUGGAGGACAAUGGCAUCACAUACUGCACUCUCUACAACCUUAUUGAUGGUAGCGGGCUGGUGGAUGCUGCGGGUUAUAAGCAGUACACGAAUGAAUGGAUUUGUCUGGACUACUCAACUGCCAACUGCACCAUCUACUGAUGAGAUCUACUGGUCUUUGAUAUGAUUUAAUACACUGACAAAGACCAUGAAACAUUAAUGAAUCGCUCGUAAUUCUCCAAAUGUAGUUUUUAGUAUUUUAGCAGUCGCUCAUACAGUUAUAUAGCUAUUCAUUGUUAAUAAUGCUUGGCAUUAUCACUGAGUUUGAGAGCAGAAUGCAUUACUGUUUGAAUGACAAAUAAACCAGA